UUGAAUACGACCAUAUCGAAGUCGCACAUAAAUGACGUCCAAUUAAAGCGUCCAAGCUGUCGUUCUUUUGUGUUAGAAAUGAAUAUGUCUUCAUUCCGUUAGCUAAUUGGGUAAAACUUUUGUAGUGGUUAUGUGAAUAUGGACUGGCUCAGUACUUAGCCAAAUGUCGAUGGACUGUAAUUACAUACAAAAAUGAACAAAGGGUGGCUGGAACUCGAGAGUGACCCGGGGCUAUUCACGCUCUUGGUGGAGGAUUUUGGCGUGAAGGGGGUUCAGGUGGAGGAGAUAUACGACCUACAAAGCAAGUGUCCAAGUCCUGUCUAUGGCUUCAUCUUCCUGUUCAAGUGGAUUGAGGAGCGAAGGUCUAGGAGGAAAGUCUCCACCUUGAUGGAUGAGACCUCUGUCAUUGAUGAUGACAUUGUUAAUGACAUGUUCUUUGCCCACCAGCUGAUCCCCAACUCCUGUGCCACCCAUGCACUUCUGAGCGUGCUCCUGAACUGUAGUGGGGUUGAGUUGGGCACUACCCUCAGCCGCAUGAAGACCUUCACUAAAGGCUUCGGUCCAGAGAGUAAAGGCUACGCCAUUGGAAAUGCCCCAGAGCUGGCCAAAGCACACAACAGCCAUGCCAGACCGGAGCCCAGGCACCUGCCGGAGAAGCAGAAUGGGAUUAGUGCCGUGCGGACCAUGGAAGCGUUCCACUUUGUCAGCUACGUGCCCAUCAAAGACCGACUGUUUGAGUUAGACGGCCUCAAGGCAUACCCCAUUGACCACGGGCCAUGGGGAGAGGAGGAGGAGUGGACGGAUAAGGCUCGACGGGUCAUCAUGGAGAGGAUUGGCUUGGCCACAGCUGGAGAGCCAUACCAUGAUAUCCGCUUCAACCUGAUGGCAGUGGUUCCUGACCGCAGGGUGAAGUAUGAGUCCAAACUAGAGAUCCUCAAGAGGAACAGACAGAUGGUUCUGGAGGGAUUACAGCAGGUCAGGAAACCCACACAGAGGAGCCAAUUGAUACACCCCAGUGAGAAAGUGUGGCUGAUCCGGGUCACCCAGCCAGAGCUCGUCCAGGACAGAAAGCAGCAGGACUCCUCCCCCUCAGAGGACACGCCCCCUGCUAUCAAAAAAGAAGAGGCAGAGCCUCAACCUGUUACAUCACAGGGGGCCGAGCAGACUCCUCCCACAGCAGCCCAGUCCCAGUCGACACCCAGCCCCUCAGGCAAGGGGAAGGCCAUGGGGAAACCAACCGCCCCAGCGGGGGGAGGGGGAGCCACGCAGCCUGUCAACAGCCCCACCCUAAUCGUCCCGCGCUUGCCCGCCUUCCUGGACAACCACAACUACGCCAAGUCCCCCAUGCAGGAGGAAGAGGACCUUGCGGCAGGGGUGACGGGGGUAGGUCGUCCCCGGGUGCCUGGCGCAAACCAGCCCCCCUUCUCUGACGAUGACGAUGAGGAGGAAGAAACUGGCACAGCAGCAGGCACACCCACCAGGUUCAGGCGGAAGGCGGGCCUGCGUUCACGUACGGGCCGUGUAGGCGGCGGUGGUGUGGAGACCAAGCUGGCGCUGAGUGUCCUGGCCGAGAAACUCAAGAAGGAAGUCCAGAGGAAGGAUGCUCUGGCCACGCCCCUCUCGGUCCGCACCGAGGGCCGCACGGGGGGCAUCGUGAUCACCGCCACCUCGCAGCCUUCGCCCACGCCAAGCAACGAGAGCACCGACACCGCCUCGGAGAUGGGCAGCGCCUUCAACUCGCCACUGCGCUCCCCGGCUCGCUCCCAGGCGGCCACACGGCCCUCCAGCCCCGUGGCGUCCCACCUGUCCCGGGUGCUGUUCGGGGAGGAUGAGGGUCUGCUGAGGCUGGACGCCAGGCACAACCGGGCUGUUAGAGAGCUGGGGCCCUCUGUCAGCACCGCCCUGCUGCACCUACAGGAGGAUGGUGUUAUAUAUGCUGUACCGCCACCAGCUGAUACACCACCUGAGGGGUCCAAGCGAGAGAAGGCAGGCACUCCAGAGAAGGUAAAAGAGCAAGGGAGCAACCCAGCAGGAGGGGGGGAAGGUGUGAAGGAGGACGGUAAGGAGGGACCAUCGGCGGAGGUGAAAGAGGAGCGCAAAGACGUCAAACCCAGAAAGGAAAAGAUCAUCUCCACGGAAUCCGUUGGAAGCAACAAGCCCUCCGGGGAGAAAUACUCUCCUAAAGAGCUGCUCGCUCUGCUGAAAUGUGUGGAGGCGGACAUCGCCAACUAUGAAGUGUUUUUGAAGGAGGAGGUGGAGAAGAGGAAGAAAUACAAGAUCGAUGACCAGAGAAGGACCCAUAAUUAUGACGAGUUCAUCUGUACUUUCAUAUCCAUGCUGGCCCAAGAAGGCAUGUUGGCUAGUCUGGUCGAGCAGAAUAUCUCUGUGCGUCGUCGUCAGGGAGUGAGCAUCGGCCGUCUACACAAACAGAGGAAACCAGACCGCAGGAAACGCUCGCGACCCUACAAGGCCAAGCGCCAGUGACCCCAGGGAGUGCUUGCUCGGGAUCACCGAUCACCAAUUACAGCAGAGAAAAUACAAAAACCCUUGUUGCACUCAUGACACUGUCUUGUGACGUCAGGGAGAAAAGGACUCAUUCAUAUUGCUGUAUUUGUGUCAGUCUCUGACUUCAUCCAAUGGACCAUCUGUUGAUUAGUUUAAUCAGGUUGUUUGCUUUACUGUAAGCAGAAGAGUAAUUUUGUAUGUUAGAUUGUGUCCUGCGUGACUCCCUAGUGCACUACUUUUGACCAGAGCCAUACAUAUUGUAAUACUUUUUAUGGGUUCUGAUCAAAUGUUGGGCGCUAUAUAGGGAAUUGGGUGCAGUUUGGGAUGCACUCCUAGUUUCCAUGUAAAAGGACCUCUGUCUGUGCRAUCACACUGUGGACUGGGUCGUGUUCAUUAGGCACGCGGCGGCAAACUUUUUGAACGUUUUGCAAAUGAAAAUGAGUUGUUUGCAAUUCCAGGUAGUUCCUCCCUGUUUCAGUCUGUUUUUCUUCCAUUUGGUGCCUAAUGAACACAAAGGUGUGACAACUGAUUGUGAGGGACACAGGAAGCUUCUGGGAAGUCUUGGAGUUGGUCGGAUCAUGUGAUGUGACUCCUCUUUCCUGUCAAGAAGGGCUGGUUCACCGCUAUUUGCUUGCUUGUAUUAUGCUUUGGCAGUACCCGACUAUGCGUCCCAAAUAGCACCAUAUUUCCUAUUUAGUACUCUUUAGGUCUCUGAUCAAAAGUAGUGCACUAUAUAGGGAAUAAGGUGCAAUUUGGAAUAUACUGUAUCCCCUUUCGAGGUCCUGUAAAUGAAUGGAUGAGAUCUACUCAUGUUUUUUAAAGUCUGUAAAUGAUCUCAAUGUAGAUUCUAAUGUUGGAGAGCAUGAGAUGCGUGUGGGGGAGUGUGUAAGCAGUUUGUAUGUUUCUGUACAUAUGUAUCUGUCAGCAUCAGUGGUAACAGAAGUGGUUUUUAAAAAUCCUAGUCACAUGAAUACUACAAUGAACUCCACAAAAGCACUAUUGACCUCAUUCACUUCUCAUCAUGCCAUAGGUGGAUGCUCUGGGUCAUAUAUUUGAUAAAAACAUAUCACAUGG